AUGGGUGAGCGAACCCACUACGAAGCCCAGCCAUGCUCUGGCACCAACCCCAGGAAGUGCCAGGACCUAGGAGACUCAAUUCUUCUGAUCCUGGGCGGCUUCAUCUUGCUCAACGUGGGGAUCAACGUGGUGACUCUGCUCUGGAGGCGUCUGAAGAGCUCCUUGCGGGCACUUUUCCAUCAUAUUUUCCCCAAAGACAAGCAAGCCAGCUGUGUAGGCGGCCAUUGCACGUGCACGCGCUACUCCGUGGAUCCCAAGAACCUGCGCUCAAGAGUUUCUUCCCGCUUCCGCCAUCGCCCAAGCUUCCUGCUCGGGCACCCAAACGACCUUGACUCCUGGAUGCCAGACACAGAUGACGAGACGGCUUCUAAGUGCUGCUGGAUGCCGUCUCAGAGUGGACGGGCUGGGGCUUCCACAGAGGCUCCACGGGGACUGUGGGAGGAGGGGGUAGUGGGAGCUGGGGCGGCCCCUCCGGUCACAGCCUUAAAGUCCCAAGCCACCUUUUACUCGAGGCAAGAGACAUCUUCCAAGCUCCGCAGGAUGAGCAAGGUGGACGUGGUUCCACUCCGCCUGCCCCAAGAGAGCAAGACUAAGACGCCGGUCUAUGACCCAGCCCAGGCGCCAGCCGGGGCCCAGCUCCGCCCCCCCGUUCAGCCCCCUGCGCAUGCUCCUGCCAAGGCCCAGACCUUCUCCUCAGCCCACCCCCCUGAGCACACCCCCCCCAAGGCCCAGACCCCCUCAGCCCGCACCCCUCCACGGGACACACGAACUACUCCCGGGAUCCCCACGAGGUACGUGCUGGCCGAGGCCUUGUACCAGCGGGCCCCGGCUCCCAGCUCAGCGCUGCUCCUCCGCUCGCCCCAGCCCCCGCCCGACGUCCAGGCUACCGAGCACCCUCCGCCCCCGCCCACCUUCAUGCCACUCAGCCGGAACCCGGGGGGCAAUGCCAACUACCAGGUGUAUGACAGCCUGGAGCUGAAGCGAGGAGUCUGGCUCCCAGUGACUACGUGGAGGCCAGAGGGCCCGGGCAGGCCUGGGACCCAAGCCAUGGGUGAGCGAACCCACUACGAAGCCCAGCCAUGCUCUGGCACCAACCCCAGGAAGUGCCAGGACCUAGGAGACUCAAUUCUUCUGAUCCUGGGCGGCUUCAUCUUGCUCAACGUGGGGAUCAACGUGGUGACUCUGCCCCCUGCGCAUGCUCCUGCCAAGGCCCAGACCUUCUCCUCAGCCCACCCCCCUGAGCACACCCCCCCCAAGGCCCAGACCCCCUCCCCAGCCCUCACCCCUGAGCACAGCCCUGCCCAGGUCCAUGGCCCUGAGCAUACCUCAGCCCAUACCCCAGCCCAGGCCCAAGCCCAGGCCCCCUCACAUGCCUCAGCCCAGUCCCUGGGCCACACUUCUGUCUGCACCCUGACCCACGCUCAUCUGACCUGUACCCAUGCCAACACUCUGGUCCCUCCCCCAACUUCUGCCCCAGUCCCUCCCCCAACUUCUGCCCCUGCUACUACCCCUGCCCUAGCCCCUCCACCAGCCCCUGUCCCGAUUUCUGCCACAACCUCUGUCCCAGCGCUGGUCACGGCCCUGACGACCACUCCAGUCCCUUCCGCCACCCCUACCCCCAUCCUAGAUUCUAUUCCCUCUACCUUGUCUGCCUUCAGCCAAGGCCUCUCCUCCGGCCAUGUGUGUCCCCUUCAGAACUCUGGGUAUUCCAGAAAGGACUUGGGUACCCUCUCCAGGCCCCAAGAGGGGCAUGGUCCGGUGACCUCUGGUACAGCUGAGCAAACACUGAAGCAAUGUAGUGGGGACAGUGCCAAGCCCUCCACAGGAUCCAUACCGGGUUACCUGGAGUCGGGGAAUGUGGAAUGGAAGAUCUCAAACGAUGCCAAAGACAAAUUUGUACAGUCCGAGACCUUCCCUUACUGCAGCUUCCAUUCUUGCGGUUCUGAGAAGAGAAACACGGACCCUCAGACUCCAGUCUACCCCAAAUUCCUGGUGUACUCGAAGGAUGCUGCACCUUCUCAACCUUGCUUCCAUUCUCCAACCAGUGCCCAGAGCUCACCAUGCACCAUGCCUCCACCAUGCACUCUUUCUCUGCCUCUUGUUUCUCCCAGAUCCUUUGUCCUUCAUCAACACAGCAACCACCAGAAGCCCUCCACCUUAACACAACCCCCCACCUUUCCCCCAACCUCCAAGUCUCCUCAGUCUGUCCUCUCUUCCCAGGACCCCAUCCCUCCCCAGUUAUCCACUACUUCCCAAACCCCAAACCAGCCCCAACCUCCUGAACUUCAUGAGAGUCUAGGCCUCAACCAAGGCUCUGUCCUCCAAAGGACCCCAGGCUCUUCAAAAGACUGUAGAGUUUCUAGAAACCGAGGCCUCACCCCAAAUCCAGGCCUCCACAAGAACCCAGGCCUUACCCAAGACCCAGGCCUCCACAAGAACCCAGGCCUUGCUCAAGAUCCAGGCCUCCACAAGCUUCCAGGCCUUACUCAAGACCCUUAUCUCUGCAAGAAUCCAAGCCUUUCCCAAGACUCUGACCUUCAGAAGAAUCCAGUCAUUACCCAAGAUUCUGGCUCCCAGAAGAGCUUAGGUUCUACUCGAGUUGGACGUUCCUUUAAAGGCCCAUAUCUCACCCAACCCUCUGGUCUCCACAAGAACACACCAUUUCUCCAAACUUCUGACAUUCAGAGAAGCUCAGGCUUUAUGCAUGAUUCUGGAGUCUAUAGGAAUCUAGAACGAAAUCAAGAGACUGUACUCUAUAAAAGUCAAGAGGUCUCCCAAAAAACUGGCCUCCAUAAUAGCCCACACCCUUCUCAAGAUUCUGGAUGUUACAAGAGUACAGGUAAUGCCCAAGAUUCAGGAGUCUCUAGGAGUCCAGACUUUACCCAAGAUUCUGGGCCACAGAAGAGUCCAUACCUUGCCCAAGACUCUGGAGUCAACAAGAGCUCAGGCCUUUGCCAGGAAUCUGGUCUCCAUAAGAGCCCAGGCCUUGUGCAAACCCCUUGCCUCCAUAAGGGCUCAAGCCCUACCCGAGACUCAGGAGACUACAAGAAUCCAGGUCUUACCCAAGAUUCUGGAGUCUGCAGGAGCCAAGGCCUUACGCAAGAUUCUGACCUCCAUAAGAAUCCAGGCCUUACCCAAGCCACUGAAGUCAAAAGGAGAUGUGGCCUUACCCAAGAUGCUGGAAUUUACAGGAGCUCAGAACAUACCCAUGACCCUAACUUCCACAAGUACUCAGGAAUUAGUCGAGAUCCUGGCCCCCAUAAGGGUUCAGCCCUUACUCAAGACUCUGGCUUAUCCAAGAGAUCAGGCCUCGAUAACAACUCAUGCCUUAACCCAAAUCCUGGCCUCCACAAGAAGCCUCUAGGAACUGACUCUGUCCAAGUUUUGGGCCCACAUCAGACCCGAAAGUCAUCUAUAUCUGAGGCAGUUCCUCGAAAGGAGGAUGCAGGGCAGCACAUACCAUGGACUUCUGUCCCACCCAGUCAGAAAUCCUGCUUUCCCAAGGCUCAGGUGACCUACAAUGACCUGCAAACCUUCUCAGAGGUACCUGUACUGAUUGAGCUGCAAUCAUCCUCCCAGCGAGCAGGCAGCCAAGACCGGGUGUACCACCCCAUGGAUACAGUUCCUCCAGCCUGCCAGAACUAUCGCCAGAUGUCUACGCCUCCCAAAACCAGCUGGAAGCCCUACUGUCCUGGGUCAGGCACCCGGCUAGGGCAUGUGGUCUUCGACGCCCGCCAGAGACAGUUCAGAGCAGGCAGGGACAAGUGCGAAGCUCUGUCUCCCAGGCGCCUUCACCGAGAGACAUCCAACAACUCACGGAGACCAUCAAGGAGUGGGGAUAUCAGUGUGAUGAGAAACUUAGAAAAAGAGGGGACAGAUAUGCAUGAAGAAUAA